UGGAUGAUAACUAUCUUAUCUGGAAUAAACGACCGGAAACAGUCUGAGCUCAAAAUAGACUUGCGAACUACGGGAUGUCUGCCGACAGUUCAAGAAGAGCUGUCAGCUUCUAUAGUUUCUUGGAACGACUUGAAGAAAGCAUGGAAGAGCCGGUUGUCAAACUACUCCAGCGACUGCAUCCGCCAUAGCAGCUAUUGCCUUCAAUAGAUGGCUUCGAUAAAGUUGUCAAGAUUCUGUCCAGACAGCCACACCUCACGUCGUCUUUACACCGAAGCAAUUAGCUGCCCAAGAACAGCAGCAACACCAUCUAGAAAUCAUAGUCAAUCAUGACACAAUUACGAUCUGCUCAGAGAUGUUUCCAUUCAGAGCCGAUCAAUUUACACACGCAUGUCUGGUUUUUGGACACCCGAGGCCGUCCACUAGCUGACACUGGGGUCAGGCAUGGCAUACCAUACAUAUGUAAAAACUGUUGAGCGAAGAUGCCAGAACGGAACGGGGUGCCUAAACAGUCGCCGUCGAACGUUGGCGCGUUCCAGUUCAAUCGAAGCUUUCGAUGAUGACGUGAUCACAGUUGUUACAGUUUAAAUUGUCUCGACUUUGCAUUCCAUUGCAUUUUAACCAAAAUAUAAAAUGCCAGCUAAUUGUGGACACUAGAGAGUCGCACACGUCGGAUGUCUCCAGUGAGGCAUUGAAGUUCAAAUACCGCACCUAUAAGUUCAUCGGACAAAUCCACACCAAAGCAAAGGCUUAUCAAUUGACGGCCGAACCGGUUUGCCAAUAUAUUUAUCUACUCGGAGCUUGACUACGCCCUCCCUCGGUCAAAGUUUCGGAAUUGUUAAGAUCCUAAGUAUGGGACAGAAACUGUCGUACUGCAAAAAGUGUAAGGAUUGGUGGAAGAAGAGUGAUCAGGAUGAGACAAAGCCUCGUGUACGCAAUGUCAAUGCCAACUACUUGGCAGGAGCUCCCGGUCGAGAUACAACGGAUGCGGCUAAUUCGGCGGUUCUCGGUGUGCUUCGCGUGGAUCUCUGCCAAGAGGAUAACCAUAACGAGCACCACACAAGCCACUUCUAUGCGGCGGCGGCCAAGGAAGCUCUCAUCGUGCGCCGCGGAGAACCCUUCCGCCUGCGCAUUCACUUCAACCGCGACUACAGCCCCAGCAAGGAUGCCAUCAACUUUGUCUUCAGCGUGGCCGAUGACAAGAAUCCCAGGCCAGGACAUGGCACACUGACUGCUCUGGUGCCCCACGAUGGAAUCGACGAUCUGGGCGACACCCUGGACUGGGGAGCUGGAAUUGAGACGCACGAGGGUACGCUCCUGACGGUGCUGAUCAAACCGCCCUCGACUUGUCCGGUGACAGAGUGGCGUCUGGAUAUCGACACCAAGCUGCUGGGUGAUGGCUCCCGCAGCUAUCCCGUUCCGCUGCCCAUCUACGUGCUGUUCAAUCCGUGGUGCCCGGAGGAUCAGGUGUAUCUGGAGGAUCGCGAGCAGCGCAAAGAGUACGUGAUGCACGACACGACCCUCAUCUGGAGAGGCUCCUACAACCGGCUGCGUCCCUCGGUGUGGAAGAUUGGCCAGUUCGAGCGGCAUGUUCUCGAAUGCAGCCUGAAUGUUCUCGGCACCGUGGGCCGGAUCCCACCCGCCUACAGGGGCGAUCCUGUGCGGGUGGCCCGUGCCCUGUCCGCGCUGGUAAACUCUGUGGAUGAUGAUGGUGUGCUGCUGGGCAAUUGGUCGGAAGAUUUCUCGGGCGGCGUGGCGCCCACUAAGUGGACGGGCUCCCCGGAGAUCUUGCAGCAGUUCCACAAGACCCAGAAGUCCGUGAAGUUCGCCCAGUGCUGGAACUUCAGUGGCGUCCUGGCCACCAUUGCCCGCAGUCUGGGCAUACCAGCCCGCAUCGUGACAUGCUACUCUUCUGCUCAUGACACCCAAGCCUCGCUCACCGUGGACGUCUUCAUCGAUGCCAACAACAAGAAGCUGGACGCGGAGACCACCGACUCCAUCUGGAACUACCAUGUGUGGAACGAGCUGUGGAUGCAGCGUCCCGAUCUGGGCGUGGGCCAGCAUGGCGCCUACGAUGGCUGGCAGGUUGUGGAUGCCACGCCCCAGGAGGCAUCGGACAACAUGUACCGUGUGGGCCCAGCCUCCGUGCUGGCGGUGAAGCAUGGCGAGAUCCUCAGACCCUUCGACGGUGGCUUCGUCUUUGCGGAGGUCAAUGCGGACAAGCUCUACUGGCGGUACAACGGUCCCAGUCAGCCGCUGAAGCUGCUGCGAAAGGACACCCUGGCCAUUGGACAUCUGAUCAGCACCAAGGCGGUCCUCAGGUGGGAUCGGGAGGACAUUACGGAUAGCUACAAGCAUGCCGAGCGGUCCGAGGAGGAGCGUAGCACCAUGCUGAAAGCCCUGAAGCAAUCACGGCAUGCCUUCAGUCGGUAUUACCUUAACGACAACUUCAACGAGGUAGAGUUCGAUAUGGAGCUAAAGGACGACAUCAAGAUCGGCGAAAACUUUAGCGUUGUCCUAAAGGUGACCAAUAAGAGUGCGGAAAAGAGUCAUCUGGCCACCGGUCAAGUCAACUGCGAUGCGGUGCUUUACACGGGCGUGGGAGCCAUGGAGGUUAAGUCCAUCGGCUUCGAACUGGAGCUGGAGCCAAAGGCCAGCGAAUACGUCCGCAUGGAGGUCAUCUUCGAGGAGUACUUUGAGAAACUCUCUUCCCAGGCGGCCUUUCAGAUCUCCGCCUCUGCGCGAGUGAAGGAUACAGACUACGAGUAUUAUGCCCAGGAUGAUUUCCGAGUCCGCAAGCCGGACAUCAAGUUCCAGAUGGGUGAGGGCAGCAUUGUGUCCCGUAAAGAGAUUGAUGUCAUUGUGCGCCUGGUCAAUCCACUGCCAAUACCCUUGCACAAGGGGCUCUUCACCGUCGAGGGUCCUGGCAUAGAGCAGCCAUUGAAGUUUAAGAUUACCGAGAUACCUGUUGGGGGAACAGCUGCAGCCACAUUUAAGUAUGUCCCCCCGUAUGCCGGUCGCGGCACACUUCUUGCCAAGUUUACCUCCAAGGAACUGGACGAUGUGGAUGGCUAUAAGCACUACGAGAUCGAGCCCCGUCCCGAGGAUCUGCUCCAGCCCAACGGCAGCCAUCGAAGUAGCAACAUCAUCCGACGACGCACAGAUGUUAUAGCAUAAUACGCAGAACCCGACCUCAAUUGAAAUGGGAUUCGUUUUGUAUUCAUAGAUUAAGUUUUUUGUUGUA